CUAGCUAAUUAGCAUAUUCCCAAUUAACCUCCAUUAUCAUCGAUCACAUUCUUGUUUUUCUUUUUCAUUUUUUCUCUGUUGACUCUCACAGUUUACAACAAACCUUGUCUCUCACUAAUCAAACUUUAUGGCGAAUCGGUGGUGGACUGGCUCGAUGGGUCUUGGCGGGGUUGAUGACAAUCCGGACAACUCUUCCCCCAUGGGAAAACCGGAUCUGGGUUUCUCCAUGAACAACAACGACGGUGGGAACCAAAGCGUUGGUGGUGGUGAGAAAGAAGAUGAGAAAGAAAGCAGCGAGGAGCCAAGAGAUGGAGCCAUUGUUUCUGGAUCCACACGUCGCCCGAGGGGACGUCCGGCAGGAUCGAAGAACAAGCCAAAGCCGCCGAUAUUCGUGACCAGGGACAGCCCUAACGCCCUCCGGAGCCAUGUCAUGGAGGUUGCCGCCGGCGCGGACAUCGCGGACAGCAUGGUGCAGUUCGCCAGGAGGCGCCAGAGGGGGGUUGCCAUCCUCACAGGCAGCGGCACCGUGGUCAACGUCUCGCUCCGGCAGCCAACGGCGCCAGGUGCGGUGGUGUCGCUUCAGGGAAGGUUUGACAUACUGUCCUUGACCGGCUCUGUGCUCCCAGGACCGGCCCCACCAGGCGCUCCUGGCCUAACCAUCUACCUUGCCGGAGGGCAGGGGCAGGUGGUCGGUGGAGCUGUGGUAGGGCCGCUGGUAGCUGCUGGGCCGGUUAUGAUAAUGGCGGCUACUUUUUCCAAUGCAACGUAUGAGAGGUUGCCCUUGGAGGAGGGUGAUCAGGAACAAGGCGGUUGCUCUCCUCCUCCCGGGAUGGGACAGCCGCCGGCCGGAGUGUCUGCGGGAGAAGCCUCGUCGGCGAUGGCGGGGUACAAUAAUCUCCCUCCCAGUUUAACUCUUCCAAAUGGGCAACAGCUGAACCCUGAUCAAGCUUAUUCAACUUGGGGACAUGGUCAUGGUAGAUCACCCUACUGAUCAAGUGGAACAUCGCCACCAUAUACAAGGAUAGGGACCUUAAUUUGGCUUCUGAUCUUCUUCCUAGUUUUUUCAUGUUGAAGUAAAGUAGGGACUGAUUUCAAUUGCAUCAUCAUCUGUAUAUUUAAUUAGUUUACUGCGCCAACUUCUGAUAUCUAAUAAGCAACUUUUGGGAUGGUGACCCUGGUAUCUAUAUGCUUCUUUCUCCUAUUUCUUCAAUUUUAGCCAAUGAGCUUAAUUUUAUGCUUCA